CUUUAAAUAUUUCUAGUGAUUUCACUACCAGGUUCAUGGGUAAAUUAUACUUUCUUUUUCCUUCCUUUGAAUUAUAUCUGCUUAUUACGUUUGUGGUGAAUAUAAAAUUUUCGUGAAAACAGACUGUAGUACGACAUCUAUAGGCGAACAAUACAAGAUUGUACAGUGUACCUACUACCUAUUUCUCAGUUGACAGUAUCUAGUUCGGAAGCUCUAAUUUUAGUCGAAAAUUUAACUAUUAUCUUGUUAUAAGAAUAAGUAAAGGAUAAACAAACUUAUUCACUUCAUUUGAAUUGUUUACUUUUUCGUAUUAAAUAUUCAACUUAGGACGGAGAUAUAUGAUACGUCAAAGGCUUUGGGGUGUGUUUGUUGUUCUGCUCUGCCAAUACACAGUUCUGCCAAUACACGCCAGGGUAAAACAUGUAUCUAUGUUUUUUUUUCUAAUACACAACUGUUUUGAAGCUGAAAUAAAAUAACAUGCAAUUCGUAUUAUAAAGUUUUGUAUUUAUCGGAAGCUGUAUUGAAAAAUCACAAAUCUGGCUUCAAAAAUUCAAAGUGAAAUAUGUGUGUUAAAUCAGAAUAAAUAACAAUAAUUUUCAUUGGUAAUUCCGGAACUGGGGUAAAUACCCUAUUUGUCGGAAAUGUUAUUAUUCCUGGGACAAUGAAAAGCAUUAUAUAAUUCAGAUGUGUUUUCAUAUUGUUAUCGAGUGAAAAACAUAUUACAGUUUACUGAACUGAUCAGAAGAAAAUCCAGGUUAAAGAUUGCACAGUUUAUAAAAGUUACCAUUUAAGGAAGGCAGAAAUAAAUCAAAGUAAAGAUGGACGUAAAUAGCCAGCCAAGUAUUUUGGUUCGUUUGGUUCAUUCAGUUCCCCACAUAAAUGUUACAUUGAAUCGCGUGAACAGUACGUUUGACCCUAGAAGUGUUAUUUAUAAAGAAAGUUUAGGCAUAUUGGCAUCAAUUCCGGCCGCAAUUCUAAUAUUGUCAUUGGUUGGACUCUUAUUAUAUUUAUUAACACGAUGUUGCGACCAAACGACCAACAGUAAACUACAGUCUCAAGCAUGUCAAAAGUUCACUUUAAUAUCUACAACUUUAUUUUGCUGUGCUGCAAUUGGUUUAGGCCUCUACGGGAAUGACGACUUUCAUAAUGGUAUGUUGGAAACCUUACAUUCGGCUCGCCAAAUUGAUGGAUUAGUCUCAAACUUCACAAACAAGACUGAAAAAUUGAAGCACGAUAUUCGCAGUAAGGUUUUGAUGUACGACUUAGAAGAUGUAUUUGAACGCCCAACUUUCAAUCAAACCGCGUUGAAAAUCCUCCUUGAUAACGUUAUUUUGGUGAGAGAAAAUACAACACGCGCGGUCAGUUCUCUAGAAACUAUUCUAUACUUGAUAAGAACACCACAGCACCACUCAUUAAAACAAAUUUUGGGACCUUCCGAAAUAUUUGAAGUCAUUCGAUAUCCGGUUACACUUGGUUUUUUGGCCAUUCUGAUUGUACUUUGUGUUGUAUUGGUCAUUGGUGUGGCUAGAAAUUCACGAUGCAACCUUAUAUUUUUUGCUGUUAUUGGACUAUUCGGAAUCAUUAUAUGUUGGCUUUUAUCCGGGAUCUAUUUGGCCAGUUCUGUUGCUUUGGGUGACUUUUGCAUGCAACCAACAACACACCUAUGCAAUAAAUUUGCAAGUGAUUAUCCAAAUGACGUUUACUAUUUGAAUUGUGGAAGCUUACGUGAAAGGUUCCGUAUGCGUUUGAAUGAAUCAAGGGAAAACAUUGAGCAUGCCAGCACUGCAUUUAAGGAUGUGAUACGAAUAUCGAAAGAUUUGUAUCCACGCGCUGAAAUAUCUACAACUACUGAUCAAAUAGAAAAUGAACUCAAAGAAAGUCGCUAUGUACUUCAUGAACUAUUACAAAUGUUGGACCAGAGUUCUGUUCAUCAACAUUACGAUCAAGCCGUAAAAGGUUUAUGUGAGGGUGCUUUACUUGGACUAACUCUGAUGACGGUAGCUGGAUUAGCGAUGGCGUUUUUGCUUACAUUAUUGAUAUUCGUUAACAAUCAUACGUGGAUUUAUUUGAGACAAAAACGAAAAUUCUCUUCAGAUAAGGCUGAAAGUAUACCAUUCUUGAAUCCAGUGGUGACUGCAUCACCCCCAGCCCCUAGCCAAAGUGGAAGCUCAAUUGUUAACAGAACUCUUCUACACCAUCAGCAAAUCCAUAGCACAAAUGGAGUCAACAACACAUCACGGAAGUCCACAACUGGGACGAUGAGAGGUUUCAUAGUUUGACCUCCAGAGUGGGAUAGGGGUAAUUUCCCAAAAUUUUAGGCUCAUUCUUUCAAAAUUCGAGUUGAAAAAACGAUAUCAUUUGAGUAUGUCACUUCACACUCUUCUCGAAUCUAUUGUAAACAAUGUUUACGAAUAUGAAGAAGUGAACGCAGCGACCGUUCUUGUCAUUAGCUAACGCACUUUCAAGCAUCUUUCAUUGGAUUGAGCAGCCGUUAUGUUAUUAUCCACCUUCAGUAUCAUAGUUAUUUUACAUUUUUGUUGCUAUUUUUUUCACCUUUUUGCUGACAUUAUAGUUAGCCUUAAAAAUCAGUCCUUCCUUCUUAUGAACCCGUAAGAAUAAUCGUUAGACCUCAUUUCGUUGUAUCAAAAUAUGUGGUUUGAAACAGUUUUUCACAGAAGCGGUAUAUUAAAAUAUGUAACUUGAUAUUCGCGCACGUUAGUUCUUUAAGCUGUGAUUACAACAACCAAUUAAUUACUCUUAUAAGUAGCAGGUAUUUAUAUGUUGUGGAGAAUAAAAAUGAGAUUAGCCAACCCGUUUAUACGUGAAU